AUGGACAUCUUCUUCCGCCGCAAGUCCUUGCGCUGGCCCCCUGCCGUCAACCACCUUUUCCGGCUGAUCCACGCCCUUCUAGUUUGCGUGGGGGCCCUUUCCAUCAUUCUCUUGCCUAUGGAGCACUUGGUGUUGGAGCAGCGCAAUGAUUUUGCACCUGAGGGGGCUCCGCUUGGCCUCAACGGCCUCCGGUUCCGGUCGUCGCGGCUUCCGCUCGACCUCCGGACGGCCGGAAGCACGGUUCUUGCGGAGUAUGGGUUUACAGAGUCGGCGGUAGCCGCCUUUCCCCCGCCUUAUGUGCAGAAAAUGCUGCGGUCGUACGCGGAAGCGAGGGAAAAAGGACGCUCCAAGGUUUUGCUGAUACACGUGCAACACGGGCUCAGCAACCGGAUCAGGGCUUACCUCAGCGCGAAAGCGUUUGCCAACGCGACAGGCCGUCACCUGCGCGUGAUCUGGACCCCCGACGUGCACUGCCGCGCGCGCUUCGGGGACCUCUUUCUAAACGCGGAAGACGUGUGGGAUGAGUUUCUAGAAGCUGAAGUGGCGGGCUCAAAUUUCGCGACGUACGACUACAUGGAUCCCGCCGCAAAGUACCAGUUCAUCGACGACGGCCCGCGCAACAUAUACGUCCGCUCGGCGUACCUGCUCAACGUGUCGGCCAGUGGCCAAGACCCAGCGGCGCUUGCGAAGCAUUUCCAGGAACUCGAGCCCGUGUCUAGCGUCAAGCACACGCUUCGUCAAUUUCACGCCCCUGGCUGCCACGUGUCACGCGACUGGUGGCCGUGUACUGCGUACGUGGGCGUUCACAUCAGGCAAGGGUCCGUCGGCUUUGAAAAGAAAUUCUCGGAUACGCCGGAAGACCUCUCAACCUAUGCCGCCGGGGACCGCGCGCAGCUGAAGCUCGCGCGCACGCGCAUGGCCGCGACCGCGCACUUCGUGCACGCGUUACGCGCGCUGCUCGCGCAGAAUGAGGGCCUAUCAAUCUUCGUCGCAACAGACACCGCGCAGGUUACAGACGAUUUGGUGAGCGAGUUUGGGAGCCACGUCAUCACUAUCCCAAGGGAUCCCCGGUGCACCCAUCUAGAGCGGGGGGCGUACUGCCUCCGCCAGGCGCUGGCGGACCUCCUCAUGCUCGCGCACAGCAGCCACCCCGACAUCCUGGGCAGCCACUGGAGCUCCUUCACCGAGGUCGCAGCGCUCGCGCACAACAAACGCAUCCUGCGCGCGUCCAUCGACUUUCAAUACCCGAGCCUCGCCCCACUCACGUGCAACCCGGCAUCUUUAUACGCGCUCCCCCCGUUUGAGGGCGUCUCCGUAUGCACGGCCCUGACGCCUUCACGGGUUGACCUGCUGAUGCAAGCGCUGCCCACGUGGCUGGCUGCGAAGGGCGUGGACGAGGUCAUCGUUGUGGACUACAUGCCCGGGAACGAUACUCAGAUCACUGACGCGGUGGCGAACUUUACGGACCCACGGCUCAAGUAUGUCAAGGUGGCAGGCACCGGCAAGUUCGACCUGACGCGCGCGUACAACCUCGCAGUUCGCCACAGCCGCGGCUCGAGGAUUAUGAAACUAGACUCGGACAACAUCAUUCUUCCCGACUUCGUUGCCAACCAUCCCCGCAUUGACGGCGUCUUUUACGCCGGGAACUGGAAGUCGGCGCGGUCAGAAAACGAGCGGCACCUUAACGGAGUGUACUUCGUCGACCGCGCGAUCUGGGCGCGCGCGAACGGGUUUGACGAAAGGAUCGUGGGUUACGGGCACGACGACGAUAACCUGCACAUGCGACUGAGCCGGUUGGCGGAACGGCGCGACCUCAAAUUCGCGUACAUCAAGCACAUUGAACACGGGGACAGCCGCCGCGCCGUUGUCACCAAUGGGAUUCCGUUCAUGGACGUCUCCAUCCUAGUUAACACGGCGCUCACCGAGCGGCUGGAGCUGUGGGACGACCAGAAGCAAGGAAGCCAAUACGAUUGCUCCCAGCAACUGGACGGCUCGUGCAACUGCGCCAUGACGGCCCCGGUUCCCGACAUCCACUCGGGGCUUUCCCCCGGGGACGAGCGUCACUACCUGCUGCAAGCCUACCGACAGGUGGUCGGGUACAGCGUCGAUCUGCCGGAGGAGAAGCUGGCGACGGUGGAAUCGCUUCCGUGGUUCGUAGGCCAGUUACAGCUCCACUACCAGAAAGUGCGCCGUCAGUGGGUCGUGCUUCGUCCGAUCGGCACGUGUUCUGAUCGUGCCGCUGCGAUUGCGUCCGGUCUUUUGCUCGCGGAGAAGCUCCGGUGGCCGCUUAGGGUGGUGUGGCAAACGGACGAGGCCUGUGGAGAAUCGUACCAAUCCAUUUUCGGCGCCAAGAUAGAUGUCAUGGAGGAUUUCUACCCGUGGGAGGUCAACUUCAAGUAUGCGGAGUACGACUUGACUGUCGGUCCUGCCUGGAUUCUCCCGUCAACCGACCUCACCCGCUCCAAAAAGAGCGUCUUCAUCCACGCGCGCGGCCCAUUCGGCGACGCCCUGUUCGCGCGCGACGCGCUCGCGGCCGCGCGCGACGCGCUCCUCCCCAGCUCCGAGGGGGGCUUACCGGAAAGGCUGCUCGACUUAGCGCGGGCCGUCAUUCUGUCUCAGAAGCUCAACCGGCGACUAGUUGUCAUCUGGGAAUCUCAAGAAGUGGGCGGAAUCAAGCUUCACGAGAUCCUCGACGCGCCAUACCUAGUUCUGACCCCUGAGGAACUCGCUACCGGGCUUCCGCCCACCAACCUCCCGACCCUUUCCGUUUCGGUCGAGGAUUUGGCAGCUAAGCAGAGCGGAACGGAACACUUGCGCGUCAAUGGUAUCAACAAAAUCGGCGGAGGAAUCAUCGAUGAAGUGGCGCUCAACACCGCCGUAGGGCUGCUCCGGCCGGUCUUUCCGCUCAAGGAGGCAACGUUCCGGCUGCUCGUUGGGCGGAACUUCCGGGGGCUGGUUGUCGACCGAGGCGACGCGUGCGGCGAGCGCGCGCUCUUUGCGGCACUGAAGCGGAACCUGCUCGAUGCGGGCGUCCAGAGCGGCGCUUACUUCGCCGCUAUCGCAUCCGACGCGAUGUGCGCGCGCCUGGAGGCCGCGGGCGCCAUCUGCGCGCGCUGGUGCGACGCGGCGAGCGGCCGCGACUGCCACAUGCGCCACCUGGCGAUGACGCUCGCGCUCGCGCACCUCAAGGCCUUGCACUUCACUUCGUGGUCGGAGAAAGCUGUCGACUGGAUCCUGCGCCGCGGCCUUAUUCCCGGAGUACUCGUCGAAUGCAACCCCGAGACGCCGGACCUCGCGGGCCCUCUGGUCCGGCGCGCGCUCGCGGCCGCGGUGACCGACGCCGCCCGGGACGCACGCGCUCGCCCGGUGUCCUGCCCAUCGGACGGUCUGCAUUUGAUCUCGCAGUACCCGGUCCUCCGGCGGAACAAUUCUGCCGCCCGGCAGGCGGAGUUUGACGCCACGCUGGCAGCGAACCUCGCUCACGAGCAGAUUGUGGGCGUGCACUUGCUACUCGAGUUUCCGGAAGACGAGGCCGUGAUACGCGCCGGGUUCAGCGACCCGUGCGGAAAGCUCCACGUGUCCUUUCUCGGGCGCCGCCUUUACUACAACGACUCGUUCGCGUACGCGAACUCGCACCUCCCCGGGAAGCUGUGCGCGCAGGCGCAUGGUGACAUCAGCUUCGAGGCGGGUUUGGAGGUUUUGAGCGCGGAGCGCCACCUCGCGGGGGGCGGCCGCGUGCUCGCGCUGAGCCGCCACGAGAAGAAGGAGAGUGACGUCUGCGGGAAGAAUAUGUGCUUCAGAUACGAGCAUACCGAAGACGGCUACUUAUCGUCGGACGCGUUUGUUUUCCUGGCACCUCUGCCCCAGAGCGUGGUUGACAAGACCGGGUUUGAGCCGCAAACGGGGUCUGAAAACGUGGUCAUUUGGGCGCUCAAAUGGGCGGGUCUGGACGUCCGUAACCCGUGCAGAACGUUGCGCGUCUUCCACAACCACUGCUCCGGCGACCGAAAAAAUCAGGUUGCUACGGUUCAGUCGUGGGAGAGGAAAGUGGAACCGGACGCGCGCAUAGACAUGAAGGUGUGCGGGGAGUUUCACUGCGGGGACGGCUUCUGCGAGAACGGACCGGAGGUUUUGGAGGACUUGGAGGAGGCGGGUUAA